GUCCCUUAAUUGAUAGACGGAUAUGUCAUCUUCGCCAUAAGUGACGUAAGUAUGCCCAACUUAUUAAUUUACUUUAAUCAAAUUAAUACACAUGUCAAUAUGAAAUUGUAAUCAAAAUUUCUAUACUACUAAUAUAAAUGACAAAUACAUUACGAUACAUUUUUGAGUAGUUAUUAUUACAUUGGUAAUAUAUACCCUGGUUCCUUAACACCAACACAAUAUAUGUUUCACUUUAUUCACUUAUCAUGUAUUUGUGUGUGUGUGUGUGUGGGUGUGUGCGUGCGUGCGUGCACAGUUACUUAAUACACCUUCUAUCUUUUAGACGAAUAGUCAAGUGUUUUCAUUGAAACAAUAAUAACAUGCGAAAGAUUAGUUUUAUUGAUUUUAGCACCAUGAGUCAAAAAACACGUAGUUUUUUUAUUGGUUAUUUAAAAAUGGUGCAAAACUUACUUAAAGUUGAUAUUUCAUUUAAAAUUUUUUUAUAAUGGUAAAAAUUAUAUACUACUUAAACCAUGCAAAAGUCUAAAAUAACUAAUCGAUUAUGUAGACUACCUGGUCGUUUAGAUGGGAAAUUAGUGAUUGUAACUGGUGCUAAUAUUGGUUGUGGAUUAGAAUUAAGCGGUGAAUUAGCACGUCGUGGAUGUAUUGUAAUUAUGGCUUGUCGAGAUUUAGAAAAAGGAUUUUUAGGAAAAGAAAUACUACUUGAUCGAUUUGGCGAUCGUAGUCAAGAGAAAUGGAGAAAAUCACCAGCUGGUUCUGGUGUUGAACCAUUUCUUGAAGUUGUUAAAACAUCACAGUUAAUUGUUGAACAUUUGGAUUUAGCUUGUUUAGAGUCAAUUCGUCAUUUUGCUAAAAAGAUUCAACAUCAAUAUACACGAUUAGAUAUAUUGAUACAUAAUGCUGGUAUGAUGGCUACUAGUUAUAUGGAAACACAUGAUGGAUUUGAAUUACAAAUGGGUGUUAAUCAUUUAGGUCCUGUAUUAUUAACUGAAUUAUUAUUACCAUUAUUAUAUAAUGGUGCACCAUCACGUGUGAUUGUUAUUGCAUCGAAUCUUUAUCAACAAGGUGAUAUUGAUGUGAAUAAUUUAAAUUUACGCGGUGAACAAUAUGGACCAUUUAAAGCAUAUAAUCAAUCAAAAUUAGCUAAUGUAUUAUAUGUACGUGAAUUAGCUAAACAUUUAGAUGGUUUAAAAGUUAUACCAAUGGCUGUACAUCCUGGUGCAGUACGAACAGAAAUAUCAAAUACAGGAGAUCAUCGAUAUCAGUUAUUUCUACGUGCUGUUGGUAUAAGUCCAUGGGAAGGUGCACAAACUGCAUUAUAUUGUACAUUAAUUAAUGAUCCAGUACCUGGUGGUUAUUAUUCAAAUUGUGAAAGAGAAGAAUUAACUGAAAAAGCAUUAAAUGAAACACUUAGUAGAAAAUUAUGGGAUGCAUCACGUGAAUUGGUUGGUUUACCACCAAAUUUAUUAAAUUUACCAUGAUAAAAAAAGAAGAAAUAAAGAAAAAUAAUUUUCAUGAAUUUUUCUCUUUUUUUUUUCUUUUUCUUCUUAACAUUUUAUAUUGGUUGCUAUGGAUUCAAAAAAAAAUUUUUUUCUAUUUUUACUUACUAUGUAUUCGCAACUUUACAUCACCACCACCACCACCACCAAUAAUAAUAAAAUAUGAUAUAAUAAUUAUUGAUUUUUAGUUAUCUUAUUAGUAUAAGUGUAUAUUUCAUUAUUGUCGUCUUCAUCGGUUAUUACUUUCAUUAUUAUUGAUUAUCAAUAAUAAUAAUUUUAUAAUGAUCAUAUUGAUUUAUUUAUAUUCAUUAAUAAUUGACAAUAUUCAAUGGUGAAGUUGAUGAUUGGUUCAAUGUAUCAAUUGAAGUUUAUGAGUUGCUAUGGUAACUAUUAUUAUUAUUAUUAUGAUUGAUAAGUGAUAUAAUAAAGGAAUUCCUUUUUCUUUUCUUUUUUUUUUAUUUAUUUAUUUAUUAAUUCUACUCUUUAAAAUUAACAUUUUUCUUUAAAGAAAAAAAAGAAAUUCACUAUAAUUAAAUGAAUUUGAAUAAAGUAACCUUUAUUUAUUUGAGGUUGAUAGUGAAUGUAGUGUAUAAGUGAGAAUGUUUUUGUUUGAAUAAAUAAGAAGAAUGUAAAUAGUAUAAAGACAACAAAAAAAAAUCAAUCAAUAUAAUUAAACUUAAAUAAUCAACAUUAAAAACAAUGAAAUUACAAAAUGAUUAAAUAUUGUCAUUAUUAGAUUAUAUAUCUGAAUUUAUACAGAUUUUAUUUGCUAUGAUAAGUCAGUCAGUCAGUCAGUCAGUCA